GUCGUGUGGAGAGAGAGAGAGAGAGAGAGAGAGAGAGAGAGAGAGAGAGAGAGAGAGAGAGAGAGAGAGAGAGAGAGUUGGUGUGUGUGCGUUGGAGAGGACACAGAAGAAGUAGAAGAAGAAGAAGAAGCAGAAGAAGGAUUGUACCACCACCACCAUCACCAUCACCACCCACCACCACCACCACAACAACAACAACAGCAACAACCACCACCACAACCACAACUACCACCAGGAAUUGUUGUUACCGAGCUAAGGAAGAAGGAGAGGAGGAGAAAGCUAAGCAACACCACCACCACCACCACUACCACCACCACCACCACCAUCACCACCACCACCACCACCACCACCACCUCACUAGCCUCGACGCAAAUGCCACGACCUAAGAAUGACAAGGCCUAGUGAAGAAUGAGGUGGUGCUGGUAGUGGUCUGGGCUGGGUUGGGUUGGGCUAGUGAAUACAGUGCUACAGUUCUAAGGCCUGUGGUGACGUGCAGAGCGUGGCGGAGUGCAGAGUUAAGACAAGGAACGCUUCAUAAAACCGCCACUUCUGUCACUGCUGCCACUGCCACCGCGCCGCGCCCCGCACCUCACUGCUACCAACUAACUUAUUAUUCGAGUGUUGCUCAAGGAAACAGUCUUCAUGUGUCCGCUCAAAAGGAGAGAAUGGAUCUGCACGCCUCACAGGAAGAAAAUCACCACGCUAGACAAAUGCAGGACUCCAUAAUUUGAAAGUAUUUGAGGUGAUCUCGCGGCGCGGUGAGGCCAUGGCGUCCGAAGGAAACGACGCGGCGGUGACUUCGGCACAGAAUAACACAACAAAACCAUGGUGCUCACUUCCCGAAGGAGACGACCUGUUCUCCCACGCCCACCUGACACUCCUGAAGGGCGACGCACACCCCCGGGAGAGCGAAAGGGCGGGGAGAAACGACGACGAGGAGAGAGGGGUGAAAGAACGAAAGAGAAAGAGGCAAAAAGAAAGGAUUAGACACAUUCGAAGGACACAAGGAAAUUUGAACGUGUCUGUACAGUCCUCCGAUCCUCUGCUGGUGUCCUCAGACCCCCUGGCAGCCACGCAGGAGGGGUUACCGCCACUGCCUUCCACUGGGCCGCCGGCAGGAGGUACAAAACUGCCUGCUAGAUUAUUACCAGGCGUCCCUCCGUUGCUGCCUCUCAGCCUGGCGCCCACCAAACCCCCGCCCGCUUCCCCGUCACCCCCACCACGCCCACACACGCAUUCCCCAACACAGACGCCCCCACUCACUCGAUCCUCGCCCCCUCCCCCACGCCCUUCAAACACUCCCCGUCACCCACACGCCAACCUUCGCCGCCUGCCUCCAGGCUCACCACGCCCUCUGCAUCCCCACCCUCCUCCCCGCCCUGCCUCACGCCCAUCAUGGAGGACACUGAAGAGGAGGCGAGGAAGAGGAAGAAGAAGGUGUGUGGGGUGUGCGGGGACGUGGCUCGCUCUCUGCACUUCGGGGGCCGCGCCUGUGACUCCUGCAAAGCCUUCUUCAGGAGGGCCGUGACGGGGGGCACCUUCCUCGGGUUCACUUGCGUCAGGAGGAGUCAGGAUGGUGAUCAUGACGGUGGUGAUGAUGGUGAUGAUCUAUGCGUGGUAACGGUCAGGAACAGAAAGGAGUGCCAAGCCUGUAGGUUCUCCCGGUGCCUGAGUGCUGGCAUGGAGGUGUCUCUGGUGAGCCGCGAGGACGAGGGGCCCCGCGGCCUGCCCCACACCCUGGGCCUCUACCGGCGCCUCUCCCGACACUCCCACGCCCAAGCCAAGACCCUGCAUGGCGCCCCAUACCUGCCCGGGUGCUGGCGUGCCCCCUAUGGCUCUGCCAUGCCCGUGCUGACGCCCCGUCUGAAGGAGGAGCCGCGGUACUCCCCGACAGGAGGCGAGGCAGCCCAGCAGGUGGAGUCCUUGCGCCUGGCCGCCGCCCCGCCUCCCCCCGCUCUCGCCUACACCCAACUGCUGCGCCUCGACCCCGCCCACAGGCACGUCCACUCUCCCGCAGAGACGAGUCACGCACUCACCCAUGACCCCAGCCUGGACGCUGCCCCCAGGCCCGGCCAUGAGCUUCCAACCAGACACGCCCACGAGCGUGCCUCUCCACGCGGCCACGCCCCUGCCCCCAGACAGAGACAUCCCCCCCCACACCCCCGCCUACCCCCUGCUACCACACACGUAGCCUUCAGGCAGGACUCGCCCCAAGGACACCCGCCCUCUGCCCACUUCCCCACUCUGACUACCCUCCCCUCCUCCUCGGGCACUGCCAAUCUGCCCAGGUGGCUGGGCACGGCAGCCACCCCCUGGCGACCAGACCUUCCAGGCGGCGACGGUGUGGGUGGCGGUGGUGGUGGUAGAGGCGGUCGCUCCGCCCAGAAAGGGACCACCGCCCCCCUCCAGGCUGGCCUCAGUGCCCAGGACCUGGCCGAGAUCAAGCAGCUGCAGGAGUUUUAUGUGGGAGAGCAGGAGGCGGAAGGCACGUCCCUGGAGC